AUGUGGUGCUUUUUCUUAGUUGAGUGCGCAUUUAUGUAUGAAUGUUGUGGAGAACAAUUAUUCACACUUUCCAGUGCUAAAGGAGAACUUGACCCCCCUCUUCCACGGCUCCGCUUGAUAGGACAGAAUGACCUGCCGCUGGUGGAAGUUUUCGUACCAUGUUGUGGGGAGACAUUAGACAUCAUCUUAGACACCGUGCGUGCUGCCUGCGCGAGUGAUUACCCAACUGCAAGAUUCCUCAGGCCCAAUCUGUCCUAUCACAGCCCUGGUAAUCUCAACUACGGGUUGUUUGAAAUCAAGAGACCCUUCCCCCCGGAGUUUAUUGCUAUCAUGGAUGCAGACUGCAUGCCGACACCAGACUUCCUGAGGGCAACUCUCCCGCAUAUGCUAACGCAACCCAAACUGGCGAUUGUUGGGUCAGCACAGUACUAUUAUAACCUCCCUGAUGGGGAUCCUCUUAACCAGGCAUUGGACUACUACUCAGCAAUUAAGAUCCUCCAGUUAAACAGGUUAGGCAAAAGCUUCGCUUCUGGGUCAGGGUGUUCCAUUCUCACCCAGUCGGGAGAUCAGAUCCUCGUCCUCACAGAAAUGGUCCAGUUAGGCUUAAUCCCAGCGUCAUUCGAAGGACAUGUAUUCCAGACUAGUCGUCACAAAGUUGAAGUAUCGGAGCUGAUGCUAUCUUGGAGUCCAUCUACAAGCAACGCGAUACCACGACGAUAUCGACCGGCUCUCGCAUGGAUCGGGUUCGGCCUUACCUGGAAGAUUGUGGCCAGAUAUAUGAUGAAUAUCUUUAUUCCGCUUGCAUUAGCUUCAGGACAGCAGCUUGUUCCAACCACCUUGCUGAGGCUGCAGAUGGGCCUUGCGGUUUCAUAUAUCUCAGCUUUCUGGCUGUAUGAGUGGCUUAGACCUGCUCACACAGGAUUUCGUUUUCUUGCAACCCGUGAGUGUAGGACUAACUCCAGCUUUCAAUUUCCUAUUCUAACACUAUCUCUAAGGACACAUUCUUCCGGUAAUCAGCCUGCCAGGUCUGGGGUCACAGGGAGCACUCAGAAUCCAUGGAAUCUGCCGACUGCCCCGUACUCAAUCUGGUCUUGCUAUAGCAAAAAUCAUGAAUCCGAUCAACUUUUUACCAGAGUAGCCUGGCCACCAAUGUUACUCCUCUGCUAUCUUACUCUAACCUCCAGCUUCACUCCCCUCAGGUGCAGCAUUUGGCCAUUACGAUAUCCGAACCGUGGAUUGGCCCUAGGGCCUCAUCCGAAUCAUCCUCAAGCCGUGUUCCCAAGGGAGGAAGUUCGGCUUGCGGUGAUGAAUCGGCAACGACCACCGCUAGGACAGUUUUACCAUCUUGUACUCGUUCCGGUUGUACUGGCGGCGCUGGUGUCCUUCGCAUUGGUUAUCUGA